AUGGGGCAGAUUGCAGAGAAGAAUGUGAGAGUUGCAGAACAGGCGGAGAGCAAGCGGGUGAGCCGAGAGAAAUACGUGCUGAAUAAGAAGCUGAGCAGAGCUGAUAUCAACUGGGAGGCAGCGUUUCUAUCGAACCAGACCAUGCAUGAGGCGCAGAUGACAGUGCAGCGGUGCAACGGGCAUGGCAUUGUGGCACAGCAGGGCACGCUGGUGUGGAAGUCUACCUGCCUUACCAUUUCCUCCCCGCCUCCUCCUACACAUGUGACGCAUCAGACGAGGCUCUUAGGCAGUACACAGCAUAUGACGCCAGUGGGGCGUGCCCUGACGACUGGUUUGCCACCCAGUCGCUCAUCUUCCACCGCUACUGCUGUCUGUUUCCACCACUCCUUCUCCUCUUCUGCUCUCCUCCCUUGCACCUCUCAGGGCUACACGUGUGAUGCGCCAGACAAGGCUCUCAGGCAGUACACAGCAUACGACACCAGUGGGGCGUGCCCUGAUGUAAUCCCUCCGUCUUUCCCCCCUCUCCCCCACAUUCCCCAGGGCUACACGUGGGAUGCACCAGAUGAGGCUCUUAGGCAGUACACGCCAUACGACGCCAGUGGGGCGUGCCCUGACAACUGGUUCGCCACACAGCCUCUCAUCUUCCAUUCGUCCCAUUCCCAUGUUGCCCCCAUUCGUCCCCACCAGGGCUACACAUGUGAUGCAGCAGACGAGGCUCUCAGGCAGUACACGACAUAUGAUGCUAGCGGGGCGUGUCCUGACGACUGGUUCGCCACACAGUCGCCCGUCUUUCAAUACCGCUGCUUACUGAUUUCACCAUCUCCUCCCAUCUUCCCCUCUUCCUCUUACCCUGUUGCCCCCACUGUCAACCUUCCAGGGCUACACGGCUACACGUGUGAUGCAUCAGAUGAGGAUCUCCGGCAGUACACGACAUAUGAUGCCAGUGGAGCGUGCCCUGAUGACUGGUUCGCCACCCAGUCCCUCAUCUUUCAACAUCGCUGCUUCUCCCUGCCGCAACGCCGCUGCCGCGCCCGCACCACCAACCAAACAAUCAAUCCACUGCCUUUCCCCCAGGCUCUUUUCAACCUCAGUGCCCUAAUAGACGCGGCUCUAGUGUGGGACCACCACGCCUGCUCCUCCUUUGCCUGCCUCAACGCCCGCAUUGUGGGGGACUGCCGCCUCUGCUUCAACCUCACUCUGGAGAGGAAUCGCUGGCGCGUGCGGUACAGGGGCUCUUUGACCAUAGAGGAUGUGCUAAAGAUAAAAAAGGGAAGCAUCAGGCUCGGACUGGACAUUGGCGGGGGCACUGGGAGCUUUGCAGCGCACAUGGCGCUGUACAAUGCGACCAUGCUCACGACGGCCAUGAACGUAGAGACAGUGGUGGGGCGCAAGCAGGGAUUACCCUAUAUGGAGGCUAUAGCUUUGAGAGGGCUGAUUCCCCUGCACCUACCUCACAAGGCCCGUCUACCCUUCUUCGACGGCUCGUUGGACAUCAUUCACAGCGUCAACAGCAUCAAGUACCUUCCCAUGCUGGAGUUUGAAGAGAUGCUCUUUGAAUGGGACCGUGUGCUGAGAGUCGGUGGUGUCAUCUGGCUGGAGAUGUUCUAUGCUCCCCUAGACGAGUUCCCAGUCUAUGUGACCAUUCUCAAUCUCCUUGGUUACAAUCGCCUGCACUGGCGUGUGCUGCCAAAACCAGACCCGGCAGAGCGCAAGGGGCCCCAUGUGUACCUGAAUUGCCUUCUGGAGAAACCAGUUAGGAGAGAGGAGGGGUGGGUGGAGGGUGGGAGGAGGAGGGAGGAGGGGCUGGAGGAGGGAGGGAGGAGAGAAGUUGGGGGAGUGGAGGAAGAGGGGAGGAGAGCGGAGGGGGGAGGGAAAGAGGGAAUGGAGAUAGAAGUGGGGGGAAGGGAGGAAGGGGGAGGAAGAGAGGAAGGGAAAGGAGAGGGAUUGAGGAAUCAUCGGUCAGAGGGAGACGUUGAGGAAAGGAGGAGGAUCGAAGGGGCGGGCAUAGAAGAAGGAAGCAGGCAAGAGAAGGUGGAGGAGGAUGGGAAAAAGGAAGAGAGGAAUGGGAAGAUGGAGAGGAAGGAAGAGGAGAGGAAAGAAGAGGUGCUGCCCGCGUCGCUGAGGUUCAUUGCGCUCGUGGGCGAGAACGGCACGAAGAUCACGGCGGCGAAUUCCUCGGGGCAGUCAAACCUGAACGACUGCUCGACAUUCCAACUGCUCGCAUCCGACGUGGUCGUCUCAAACAUCAUCUUUGAAAACGCGCACGGACCGGGCGUGCAGGGCGGGCAGGGGGACCAAGCCGUGGCCGUGAAAGCCACCGGGACCCGCGUUGCGUUCUACGGAUGCACGUUCCUCGGGUAUCAGGACACUCUGUACGCGGCAUCCGGGCUCCAAUACUACAAGAAUUGCGUCAUCCAGGGCCGCGUGGACUUCGUAUUCGGCAAUGCCAAGGCUCUCUUUCACAACUGCCAAUUCAACCUGGUGUACUGGGGAGGCGGUUACUUCGCACAGUCUCGCGAAAAGGGUGAUGAUACCGGCUACGUGAUUCUUGGUGGUGCCCUGAGUCCCCUCGGCCCGGGCCCGAUUAAGCCUGGUUAUUUGGCGCGCUCGUGGGGUAAAUACUCCACCACGAUUUUCGUGAACACGUAUUUCGCAGCAGGCUCGGUACGCCCGGAGGGGUGGGGUUACGUGCAGGGUAACAAGAAACUGCGGCGUGUUACUUUUGCAGUGUCCGGGUGUUACGGCCCUGGUUACGACACCUCGCAGUGGGAUGAUACGGCCCAGGUUUUAUCCGCGUCAGAAGCAGCCCCAUACUCCAGCAUAGCCUAUGUGAACCAGGGAGGUUGGAUCGCAGACCCUAACGUGUUGGUGCGCAGUGUGGGAGGGAAGGUGAACAACAGCGGUGGUGACAGAAUCAACGUCACUGGUGGAAACGGCUCUGCUGGUGGUGGUGCCUCUUCCUCCUCGCCAAAUACAACCACCCCACCUGCUUCGACCAGCAAAGACGACAAGAAGAGCAAGAAGCGGGAUAAGCGGAAGCAUAAAGAUGACUAG